GACACAUUGGCACCGGGGGACACACUUGAUUCCUUGAGUUCCUUAGAAUCUGCAUCGGCAAAGUUCACCUUGUCUUUCGUUGAGCAACUGUAUUCCAACUUCACCUAUUUAGUCAUCCGCCGCAAUAAAUACAACCCAAACAAAGCUUGGAUUGGCAACAGAAACAGACCUAUUUCAUCAUCUUCAUCUCCACUUCUUACCUUGGAUUGGAAUUACACAUUGAAGAUUACUCAAACGGGUGAAGAUCCAAUUGUCAUUAGCUCUGCUCCACAAACUAGUAAUGGUACUAGUAGCGGUGUUGUGGCUACCCUUUUAGAUUCUGGCAAUCUUGUACUGCAAGAAAUGAAUGGAUCGAGGGUUUUUUGGCAAAGUUUUGAUUAUCCAGGAGACACAUUUUUACCGGGUAUGAAGUUAGGUGUCAACCGCAGUGAUGGCCACAUCUGGUCACUUGUAUCAUAUGUAGAUACCUACAACCCGGCUCCAGGGCCUUUCAGUCUUGUUUGGGACCCGAUUGAACAUGAAUUGAAAAUCAAUAGAAGUGGCGUGCUUUAUUGGACUAGUGGAGUCUUGAGAUCAGAUGGAACGUUUGAAUUUAUUUUGCCUAAUGUGUCCAAGCAGAGGUACAAUUUUAGCAUUGUAUCUAACGAAAAUUAUGGCUACCUCACUUACACUUCUGUAGUUGAUCAGAGUCUUGAACCAGAAUGGGUGCUAUACAGUAGUGGGAUACUUCAGGAAUAUGAAGGACGGAUGAAUAUUGUACAAGCACAGAACUGUGACGGCUAUGACACCGGUGGAGGGUGCGUCCAAAGGUUCCAGUCAACGAAAUCCUCUGGCACAAAAAUUGAUAAAUGGGUUUGGAUUGGCACUUCUAUAGCUGCUGCUCUAGUGCUUUGCACCGCGUACUAUCUACUUCGACGAAGAAGAUCAGCCCUUGCAUCAGCUGGUGAGAACCGGACAGAGAUUGAGAACGAAAUGCUUAACUUCAUGAAAUCUAAUCGACCUACUGAUGAUGUUAAUGGUCUCCGAAAUGAUGGAAAGAUAGGACAUCAUGAUUUAAGUGUUUUUAGCUAUUCAACCAUCUUGGCUGCCACAAGCAACUUUGCUGAAGAAAACAAGCUAGGAGAAGGAGGGUUUGGACCGGUUUAUAAGGGGAAAUUGGCGAUGGGACAAGAAAUAGCUGUGAAGAGGCUUUCGAAAUGUUCAGGGCAAGGAACAUCAGAAUUCAAGAAUGAACUGAUACUUAUAUAUGAACUCCAACAUCGAAACCUGGUUCAGCUUUUCGGAUUUUGCAUUCAUGGCGAAGAGAUGAUGUUGAUAUAUGAGUAUCUGCAGAACAAAAGUUUGGAUCACUUUUUAUUUGAUCCAACCAGAGGUCGACUACUAGAUUGGAAAAAGCGUUUAAGCAUUCUCGAAGGAAUUGCCCAAGGGUUGCUUUACCUGCACAAAUACUCAAGAAAGAAAGUAAUUCAUAGAGAUUUAAAAGCUAGUAACAUACUACUUGAUGAAAACAUGAACCCAAAAAUUUCAGAUUUUGGUCUGGCAAGGAUUUUCACCCAAAAUGAAUUGGAAGCAAACACUAGCAAGAUUGUUGGGACACGUGGUUACAUGCCUCCAGAGUCCAUGGAGGGAAUUAUUUCUGUUAAGUCCGAUGUCUACAGUUUCGGGGUAUUGAUACUUGAAAUCCUAAGUGGAAGGAAAAACAACAGCUUCUACAAUGACGAUCGUGCGCUCAAUUUAGUAGGAUAUGCAUGGGAGUUAUGGAAAGAAGGUGCAGGGCUAGAAUUAAGGGAUCCAACAUUAGGAAAUUCGUUUAUUAAAGAGCAACUGUUAAGAUGCAUCCAUGUCGGUCUGCUUUGCGUGGAAGAAAAUGCAGCAGAUCGGCCCACCAUGUCUGAUGUCAUAUCUAUGUUGACAAAUGAAAGCUUACCAUUAGCAUCACCAACAAAGCCAGCAUUUUUUGUUGGAAGGAGAACGGUGGAGGCUGGUAUAAGUGGGAAUCAGCAACUUGAAAUUGCUUCAGCAAACUACAUGUCCAGUUCUGAUUUUGAAGCACGUUAAUUAAAGGAGGGUAUGCAUCAACUGGAGUUGGCUGAUGGCUUUUGGCACCUUUCAAGAUACUUGAGAAGUUUUUAGAGUUUAAUUUGCGGAGGGUGCUUGCUUCUGUAGUCCCUAUAUAAAAUAAAAUAAAAUAAAAUAAAAACAAAACUAGAUUCUCAUA